CGUCUAGACUCUUCUCAAAGCCGCUCCGGCGGCCGCAUCCUUCGACUCAGCUGGGCGCCGGGAGUUGCAACUAUGGCGGUCACCGCUGAGGGCGCCCGCAGGAAGGAGCGCGUCCUCUGCCUGUUUGACGUGGACGGCACCCUCACGCCGGCUCGCCAGAAAAUCGACCCUGAGGUGGCUGCCUUCCUGCAGAAGCUGCGAAGAAGGGUGCAGAUCGGUGUGGUGGGCGGCUCUGACUACUCUAAGAUUGCUGAGCAGCUGGGAGAGGGAGACGAAGUCAUUGAGAAGUUUGAUUAUGUGUUUGCUGAGAACGGGACGGUGCAGUAUAAGCAUGGACGACUGCUCUCCAAGCAGACCAUCCAGAACCACCUGGGGGAGGAACUCCUGCAGGACUUGAUCAACUUCUGCCUCCGCUACAUGGCCCUGCUCAGACUGCCCAAGAAGCGUGGAACCUUCAUCGAGUUCCGGAACGGCAUGCUGAACAUCUCGCCCAUUGGCCGGAGCUGCACCCUGGAGGAGCGAAUCGAGUUCUCCGAACUGGACAAGAAGGAGAAGAUCCGGGAGAAGUUUGUGGAAGCCCUGAAAACAGAGUUUGCCGGCAAAGGACUGAGGUUCUCCCGAGGAGGCAUGAUCAGUUUUGACGUCUUCCCUGAGGGCUGGGACAAGCGCUACUGCCUGGACAGCCUGGACCAGGACUGCUUCGACACCAUCCACUUCUUUGGGAACGAGACCAGCCCCGGUGGGAACGACUUUGAGAUCUACACAGACCCCCGGACUGUUGGCCACAGUGUGGUGUCCCCGCAGGACACGGUGCAGCGAUGCCGUGAGAUCUUUUUCCCAGAGACAGCCCAUGAGGCGUGACCAGGGCCCACACCUGCCCCUUGGGACUUCCAGAGAGCUCUGCCCGGGCCUAAGAGAGCCCCUGGCCCUGGUGUCGGGGGGGCGCCAGGGCCCCUCCUCUGGCCCAGGACACCUGCCUCACGUUACCUGCUGAAGGCCCACCUCAGUGGGCGCAGGGUCUGUGCGGACAGCCACCCCCAGCUGGUCAGCUCUUGGCGGGCCUGGCUCCCGUCCUCCACCCCGAUGGCCCUGGCUGCGGCUGCUGCUCGUACUUCUGGACAGAACAGGUUUCUGUCUACGCGGGAAGCGUGUGCGAGUGUCGGUACGAGAUAGAGCCCGCGCUGCUUCCCUGCCCUAGAUGGGGCGCAGAGCAGUGGGGAAGGGGCAUACUUGUGAGAACUUGAUCUCACGUAUACUAAACUUCGUGGAACGA